UACACUUAAAUACUUGUACACUCUCACACUCCCUCUCAUUCUUCCCUAGAGAAAACAAAAUAAUAGAUUUUGUAGCGAAAAUGGCGCUAACUGAUGUUUCGAAAAGUGUAGUCAUGUUGUUUCUUUUGGCGGCGAUAAGCUUGAUUAGUGCUGAUACAUCUAGCCCUCCUUUAACAUUGGAAUAUUACAAGUCUACGUGUCCUCGAUUGCUUAGUAUUGUAAGGAAAGAAAUGGAAUGUGCUGUUCUUUCUGACCCUCGUAAUGCAGCUACUAUAGUACGGUUACACAUGCAUGAUUGCUUUGUCCAGGGGUGCGAUGGAUCAGUGCUAUUGGAUGAUACCUUGACAUUUAAAGGAGAAAAGAAAGCUAGUCAAAAUAAGCAUUCCUUAAGAGGGUUUAAGAUUAUGGAUAGGAUUAAGAUGAUGGUGGAGUCUGAGUGUCCCGGAGUUGUUUCUUGUGCUGAUAUCCUCACUCUUGCAGCUAGGGAUGCGGUUAUUUUGGUUGGAGGGCCGUAUUGGGAUGUUCCAUUGGGAAGAAAGGAUGCUCGAAGUACAAACCCUGAACUAGCCGAGGCUAACAUUCCUGGUGCUAACGAAGGCCUUCUUUCCCUCAUCUCAAAGUUCGCUUAUCAGGGUCUGUCUGUCACUGAUAUGGUAGCCCUCUCAGGUGCUCACACCAUCGGAAUGGCACGAUGUGAGAAUUUCAGGGCAAGAAUCUAUGGAGACUUCGAUUUGACAUCAGAAAAAGACCCUCUGUCAGAGGCUCACCUUAGCAACCUAAGAUCUGUUUGUCCUGCAGUUGGGGGUAACAACAAUAAUGUAUCAGCAUUAGAUUACGAAACUCCUGAUCUUUUCGACAACUCAUACUAUCAGAUCCUGCUAAAAGGUCAGGGGCUCCUGAACUCGGAUCAAGAAAUGUAUUCGAGCAUGUUUGGGAUCCAAACCAAGUACCUUAUGCGAAAAUAUGCUGAAGAUCCCUUACAGUUUUUCAAGCAGUUCGCUGAAUCUAUGGUAAAGAUGGGAAAUAUUACUAAUGCUGAUAGUUUUGUCAAUGGAGAAGUUCGGAACAACUGCAGGUUUGUUAACUCAUUGAGCCACACUGAAUGAGUUUUCGGUGUUAACUGGACCUUGUGGUCAUGUUUUGUGACUAAGUUCAAGAGUUUAAUUCAAUGCUCGGAAUCAAUUCAGUAUGAAAUCAGAAAUGUGUACAAGAUGUUAAAAUUUUGAACCUACAAUGCCUGGGUCAUGUUGUAUUUAACUAUAUCUAUAUGAUCAUUAAUAACUGCUAUGCUACUCCUUUUGUUAAUCUACUGUCUGUUAACUCAACUCUUUCAACUCAUGCACAACUUGUGAAUUCAGAAGGCUUGAAUUUACUGGGUCAUGGAUGUAAAUUUGAUUUUCAAUGGGCACGGCGACGUUGAAUCUCCCUGCAUCAACCAAUGUUGAAAGAAUUCUUAUUUA